GGGUGUCAACGAACAAUACAUCCCGCCCCCACCUUUGGAUGAUGCAGCCAGGCACCUCUUAGAAAAUGGAGUUUUGACAUUUGACUGGCGAGACACACUACGCUUGAUGGCGGCUGACUUUGAUCUCUUUUAUUAUAUAGGACGUGUGUCUUUAAUUUCCAAAUUCUCUUCUUCACCUUCAUUUUUCGGCUUUGUUUUCACACGGUAAAACAGUGUGAAAACAACAGCCAGUGGCCAAUGCCUCUUUUGGCCAGGCGUAACAACACACUGCUCUAACCGAUAUACAGAGAACAGCGUCAAUGACACUUCUCACGCGACACUGACAAGUGUCAUUGAUGCUGCACAUAUGUAGGAUAGGGAUGGGGCAGUCUGUUCUUCUGGCUUGUUCCCAAAAGGAGUAUUGGCAGCUCUUGUUUCAUCAUCAACUUUCUUUUAAUGGACACGAAAAAUGGCAUUAAUGGUAAUGGGAUAAUGGGAGGAGAGGAUAAGAGAAUGGCUGAGGCAAACUUUCGUUUUGAUUCACAUUCGCUUCCUUGGAUUGUGUGCUCUUGAGCAUCCAUUCCUUGCUUCAUUAGAC